AUGCUGUCUCGACAGAUGCUGGGGCUGCUCUCGACGCUCUGGUUGAUCGCCGCAACCAAGACUCCAGACGUGGCGACGUCCGAGGCCGGAAAUCCGUUUGUCGACGGCUGGUAUGCCGACCCGGACACGCAGUUCUACAAUGGCGCGUACUGGGUGUAUCCGACCUCAUCGCUGCCCUACGACGACCAGACCUACCUGGACGCCUUCUCAUCAGACGAUCUGGUGCACUGGACCAAGCACUCAUCAAUCCUGACAAUCGCCGACUUUCCCUGGGCUCAUCGGGCUGUCUGGGCCCCGGCGCCCAUUGAACGCAACGGCACAUACUAUCUCUACUUUGGCGCCAACGACAUCCAGACAGACUCGGAGCUGGGCGGCAUCGGCGUUGGCGUGGCAGACAAGCCAGAGGGCCCGUACACAGAUCCGCUGGGCAAGCCGCUGAUUGGCGCGUAUCACAAUGGCGCCCAGCCAAUUGAUCAGGAUGUCUUCAUCGACGAUGAUGGACAGGCCUACAUCUACUACGGCGGACACUCUCAUGCCAACGUGGCCAAGUUGAACGAUGACAUGAUAAGCCUGGGUACCUUGGACGAUGGGACCACGUUCAAGGAGAUCACGCCAGAGAACUACGUUGAAGGGCCGCAGAUGCUCAAGCGGAACGGCGUGUACUAUCUCUUCUGGAGUGAAGGCGGCUGGACCGGGCCAGACUAUGCGGUUUCAUACGGCAUGAGCAGCUCGCCGCUGGGGCCCUUUGAUCGCAUCGCCAAGAUAUUGCAGCAAGAUGAGGCGGUUGCUACGGGCUCCGGCCAUAAUGCCGUGAUUCAAGUACCUAACACAGACAUCUACUUCAUUCUGUACCACCGCCAUCCGCUGGGCUCUACGGACGGGAAUGACCGGCACUUGGCCUAUGACCGCCUCUACUUCAACGAGGAUGGUACCAUUCAGACAGUCAAGAUGCUGGUUCAUGACAACUUUGAGGAUGGCAACACGAUUGGCUGGCAAACAUACGGAGGUAGUUGGAGCGCCAAUACAAACGCUCUUCGAGCAAGUGCUUCAUCGAGCAGCAACGCCCUCCUCAACACCAACUUUACCGAUUUCACCUAUGAGGCCGAUAUAAAACUAUUGUCGCGUGGCGGCAGCCAUUCUGACGGCAAUGCAGGCGUAAUCUUUCGAGUAUCAGGGACCUCCAACGACACGACCACCUUCCAAGGCUACUACGCUGGCAUCAGCACCACCGGCACUCUCUUCCUUAGUCGAAGCAAUGGAUCGCAGUCCACCACGCUGGCAAGCACAAAGGCUGACGUCAAGCCGGCACAGAAAUACCGACUGAAGAUCAUGGCAAAUGGAAGUUCCAUAGGCGUGUCCAUUGAUGGCAAAACGCCCGCUGUUAUCAGUGUGACGGACACUGCUUAUGGAAGUGGACAGGAUGGCGUAAGGGUCUUCAAGGCGGAGGCUGAAUUUGAUAACGUCAACAUUACUCGCCUCACCUCCAAUUAA